AUGCCGAGGUCGUGUUACAGUCGCUCAGGGGCCCUGCUGCUGGCCUUGCUGCUUCAGGCCUCCGUGGAAGUGCGUGGCUGGUGUCUGGAGAGUAGCCAGUGUCAGGACCUCACCUCGGAAAGCAAUCUGCUGGCGUGCCUCCGGGCCUGCAAGCCGGACCUGUCAGCCGAGACGCCAGUGUUUCCGGGCAACGGCGACGAGCAGCCAUUGGCCGAGAACACCCGGAAGUACGUCAUGGGCCACUUCCGCUGGGACCGCUUCGGCCGCCGGAACAGCAGCGGCCCCAGCAAUGGCGGCGCCGGGGGGCAGAAGCGUGAGGAAGAGGUCUCGGCGGGAGAAGACGGCGUCCCACGCCCCCUCGGGGGCGUCGCGCUCCGCGGCGGCGAGGGCAAGCGCUCCUACUCCAUGGAGCACUUCCGCUGGGGCAAGCCGGUGGGGAAGAAGCGGCGCCCCGUGAAGGUGUACCCCAAUGGCGCGGAGGACGAGUCGGCCGAGGCCUUCCCCCUGGAGUUCAAGAGGGAGAUGGCAGGCCAGCGGCCUGGCGCACCCGGCCCCGACGACAGCGACAGCGACCCCGACCUGGAGUACGGCCUGGAGCCCGAGGCCGAGAAGAAGGACGACGAUGGGCCUUACCGCAUGGAGCACUUCCGCUGGGGCAGCCCGCCCAAGGACAAGCGCUACGGGGGCUUCAUGAGCUCCGAGAAGAGCCAGACGCCCCUGGUGACACUGUUCAAAAACGCCAUCAUCAAGAACGCCCACAAGAAGGGCCAGUGA